AUGCACCAGGAGGUGCCCGUGAAGAACUUCAAGACCAUGUUGGGCGGGACGAUCAAGGCCUGUUUUAGCGGCAAGUCGGCCGUGGACUGGUGCCUACAGAAGGACUUGUGCUCGGAUGAAAUAGACGCGAUACACCUGCUGAACCGCAUGCUGGAGAGGGGCCUGCUGCACCACUGCCGCCUCAGCAAGCUCGUCGAGCCCAGCGAUACCGCUUACUACCGCUUCCCUCAGGACCACUUCAAGGUGCUGGUGGACCAGACGGGGGCGCAGCAGUCGGUGCGAAGACGCCUGCGACCGAACUCGAAAACCCUGCACGGGGAGGCGGCCCUCAAGGAGAGGUGGUAUGCAGACGUGCCCACCCUCCCCUCCGACAAGGUUCGGAAACACGGGCGAGUGCUUCAGAGGCUGCAGCCCCGCGACGUGACGAGGGGGCUCCGCAGAUACCCGAUGGUGUUCCAGGGCAAGGAGGCGGUGGAGCUGCUGAUCGACACCGGCAAGGCGAAGGACACGACGGACGCGUUGGCGAUCGGGAACGCAUUCUUACGGGCCGGUCUAUUCCACCAAGUUAAUCUGAGGGCGCCUCUUCGAAACGAUGAGACGCUGUACCGCCUUGCCGGGAACCAGUUUGCGAUUCUUGUGAGCCGCGACCAGGUGUGGGGAUCGUCCUACCACGGCGGGACCUCCAACGCCAGGUACAGCAGCGCCUUAGACGACAGCAGGGUGGGGACCGUAAUAAGCGGGAGCGACCUCAGCGACGCACUAGAGACGAAGGGGAGGAGCGCGCUAGAGCUGGCCACAGCGUCCAGGUAUUGGACAUCCUACCGGGCGUCGAAGCUUUACGUGGUCAAUCUCACCGUUAUCGAGGGGUUCAUCGACAUGAGCGAAGACUGGGAUCACCACGUGGAUGAGAUGUUCCCAACGUACUGCGAGUGCUACCUGACGCGGGAUAAGGAGGCCACCACGCACAGCACCAUCCGCAGCCACAAGACUUUGCAUCCAGUCUGGAAUUGCCCCGUGGCUUUCGUGGACGUGGACUAUCUAGACGUGGUGAGGAUCGACCUGAAGGCUCAGACGCACCUGGGGCAGGACACCACGAUCGGAUCGAUCGAGUUUGACGCUCACGAGUAGGAAGGAACGAUUGGCCAUCGGUGAUCGGUCCUGUGGGAACAAUGCUCCGUCCUCUCGAGGACGCGUGGUCAAUGGUCUAACCGCUAAGGCAUGCAAAACAUAAGAGUACGCCCCCCC